UGGAGACUGAGUUUUCCAAGUUCAUGGCAAUGCUGAAGCAAGUGAACAUUAGUAUGCUCUUCGUGGAGGCAUUGUCGAAGAUGCCCAAGUAUGUUAAGUUCAUGAAAGAUCUCCUCACUUACAAGAGGAAGCUUGGGGAGCUGUCGACGGUGAUGCUCAAGGAGGAGUGUUCUGCCAUCUUGCAAAACAAGCUACUAGAGAAGCGCAGAGACCCAAGUAGUUUCAUUAUUCCUUGCAUGAUUGGUAGUUUGCAUGUAGGAAAGUCCUUGGCAGAUUUAGGUGCACGCAUAAACGUAAUGCCAUAUAAACUGUUUAAGAAGCUAGGCCUAGGUGAACCCAGUAAUACUAGGAUGAGCAUUCAACUAGUUGAUAGAUCCAUUGUGCAUCCUACGGGCAUUGCGGAGGACUUGAUAGUCGUAGUGGGGCCAUUCUCAUAUCUUGUUGAUUUUGUUAUUCUUGAUAUAAAUGAGGAUGUGGAUGUGCCUUUAAUACUGGGUAGAACUUUUCUCGCAACCGCUAAGGCGCUUAUUGAUGUGAAUGAUGGGAAGUUAAUUUUGAGGGCUGGUGGUGAACAAAUCACCUUCUCUAUUUCUAAUAAUAUGAAACAUCCCGAGCUCCAUGAUGAUCUAGACUAUUGAGAUGUUAUUGCUGAUUUUGAGACCGCACUCGCCAUCACUAGUGCGGGUACUGACGAUUUCCUCGAGAGUUUUCUUUUGCUAGGGGAACAGGCAUCGCAGGAGUUGCAGCUGGAGGAGCAGCUUGACGAAGCCGGGAUCAAGGGGGAGAGAAACCAUACAAGCUGAUCCCUAUGAUGAGCCCCUAGAUGGGUCUUAGUUUUCAGAAUAACGCAGCUACGAAUCAUCAGCAACUCCAAGAUUGACACCGUUCGUGUACCUUGUCAAAUCUGCUGCAGGGAUUCUAUAGUUCUCUCUAAUAGUAUCCAGGAACAAACCGAUCUCUUAGAAGACCUCGAAGGUCUUCCCACGUUGUUAUUUUUGGAUGGAGGUUACGUCGUCGUCGCAAUCGAACUUGCUCCCACCAUUGAGCAGCAUAGUCCGUAAACUCGUAGGUGGCCAAGACCACCUUCUACUGCUCAAAAUAAUUUCCCAAUUGAAAGAAUAACAUUACCUUUCGCUCCCAAUCCAGGUAAUGUGAGGCAUUGAGAGAUCCAGUGAAGGGAGGAUGGUUAGUUUGAUGCGUGGCGAAAUGGUAGGCUCUGCCUCUGGCCUCCGUUCCCUGUAAUCACGACGAUCUUGAUUUGGUCGUCCAUGAUGGGGAUCCGCAACCACCAAUCUUUGCUCAAUGUCUUUAAUUCGUGCCGAUAGUUCUUGAUUGGCGUCGUUUUGAACUGGUUUGGCGGCCUGACGAACUCCUUCGUGCUCUGCCCUAUUCUAUGGCGAAACAGGGUUAGGAAUUUGCAGCCGAAGCUCAGCUAAUUGCUGAUUAACUUGCUCGAAUUGAGUCUAGAAGUACCGUUGUAAAGCCUCCAUCGUCAUAGGCUGUGCAGGUUGCUCGUCGCCCAUGACUGUCUACUUCUCCUUCUUCCUUUGUUCUGGGAUUAGCAGCGCAGGAUCACUAGAAACAGGGCCCUUCGACCUUGUCUAGUGUAUGAUUCCAGUGACGCCUUCUAUCGUCGUCGUCGUCUUUUGUGCCCUGCGUUUGAACCGGGCUCGUGAUACCACUUGAUGAGGCCCUAGAUGGGUCUUAGGUUUCAGAAUAACGCAGCUACGAAUUGAGCUUGCUCAAUUCCAAAGUCUUGAUCAAAACAGGGGGGUUGUAGGUGGAUGGAUGGUCAAUUUCGUGUAAUUUCACACAACAGGGAAAGACUCGGAAUAGAUAUAUCGAAGCCUGGCCCCGAAGAGCGUGAAUAGAUGAACGAUACAAGCACUUAAGCUGCUUAGAACUCUUCCUAAAGAAAUCUCAAUCUCACGAAGCACAAGCUUUUUGAACCAAACUCGGGUUGGUAUUCGAAUCCAAAAACUGAGUUUUACAAUGCAACUGAUCAACCUUAAAUAGACCUAUGUUAACUAA